CCCCACUCCCUUCUCCGGCUGGCUGGGUUUUGCGGUGUAGGGCUGCCCGCUAGUGCAGUGCAGGGAUCGGCGCGGGAGGCUGGCGGCGGCGGCGGGGAGACGGGAACAUUUAAACACUUUUAUUUUUCCGGUGUUCUUCCGCCGCCCGGCUGGGAGCGGGGCUGCCGAGCCCCUCCGCGGAGCUGAGCCGGCGCGUGGGCCGGGAAGAGGCUUUGGGAGGCGCAGCCAAGUGGCGAGUGGGCUCUGUCUUGUCUUUCCAUUCCCCCUCUGGUUUCCUGCGGGUGCAGCAUGAAGUGCAGCUAUGGCAAGGCGAGGUAAGACAGUGGUGAGGACGCUGGAAGAUUUGACCCUGGAUUCUGGUUAUGGUGGUGCUGCGGACUCAGUCCGGUCCUCCAACUUGUCCCUGUGCUGUUCGGAUUCCCACCCGGCUUACCCCUAUGGAGGAAACUGCUGGCAGCAUCUAGCUGACUCCAUGCACAGUAGGCACAACAGCUUUGACACUGUCAACACGGUCCUAGUGGAAGACUCCGAGGUGCUGGACUGCUCGGGGCAGCAGUGCUCCAGGCUGCUGCCUGACCUUGAGGAGGUUCCCUGGACUCUGGAGGAGGUGGAGGCGCUGCUCCUGCUGCGGCACAGGGAGCCCCGCGGCCCGGCGGCCACCCCCGCCAGAGAUGCCCUGGCCAAGCUCUCCACCUUGGUCAGCCGGGCGCUGAUCCGGAUCGCCAAGGAGGCUCAGCGGCUGAGCCUGCGGUUUGCCAAAUGCACCAAGUACGAGAUCCAGAGCGCCAUGGAGAUCGUCCUGGACUGGACGCUGGCCUCCAGCUGCACGGCGGCCGCCCUGGGCGCCCUCUCCCUCUACAACAUGAGCAGCAGCGGCGGGGACCGCUUCAGCCGGGGCAAAUCCACCCGCUGCGGGCUCACCUUCUCGGUGGGCAAGUUCUACCGCUGGAUGGUGGACAGCCGGGUGGCCGUGCGCAUCCACGAGCACGCCGCCAUCUACCUGACCGCCUGCCUGGAGAACCUCUUCCGAGACAUCUACGGGCGGGUGAUGGCGGGGGGCAGCGCCUCGGCCCACCCGCACCCCAACCGGGGCUCGGGCUCGGGCUCGGUCGCCGCCGCUGGCGCGGAGAAGGACAAGGAGAGCAGCGGCGGCGAAGCGCCCAAGUUUACGGUGGAGUCUCUGGAGCAGACGGUCAACAACGACGCGGAGCUGUGGGGCUUGCUGCAGCCCUACCAGCACCUCAUCUGCGGGAAGAACGCCAGCGGUGUUCUCUGCCUGCCAGACAGUCUGAACCUUCACAAAGACCAGCAAAGAUCAAAUAAGCCAGGCGAAGUACAGAUGUUUAGCCAAUCAGAGUUAAGGACCAUAGAGCAAUCCUUGCUCGCUACCCGGGUGGGAAGCAUUGCCGAACUCAGUGAUCUGGUGUCUCGAGCAAUGCAUCACCUCCAGCCACUCAACUCAAAGCAGCACGGCAACGGCACUCCACUGCACCACAAGCAGGGAUCGCUAUACUGGGAACCCGAGGCUUUGUACACUCUCUGUUACUUUAUGCAUUGUCCACAGAUGGAAUGGGAAAACCCUAAUGUUGAGCCUUCAAAAGUCACACUGCAGAUUGAAAGGCCAUUCAUAGUGCUGCCACCCCUGAUGGAAUGGAUAAGGGUUGCUUUGGCUCAUGCAGGGCACCGUCGCAGUUUCUCUGUGGACAGUGAUGAUGUACGGCAAGCAGCAAGGCUCUUACUACCUGGAGUUGACUGUGAACCUCGACAGUUAAAAAUCGACGACUGCUUCUGUGCUUCUCGAAAACUGGACGCGGUAGCCACAGAAGCUAAAUUCAAGCAGGAUCUGGGAUUCCGAAUGCUGAACUGCGGCCGAACAGAUCUAGUUAAACAGGCCAUCUCUUUGCUGGGGCCAGAUGGAAUUAACAGCAUGAGUGAACAGGGCAUGACUCCACUGAUGUAUGCUUGUGUCAGGGGUGAUGAGGCUAUGGUGCAGAUGCUACUAGAUGCUGGAGCAGAUUUGAAUGUUGAGGUUGUCAGUACUGCUCAUAAAUAUCCAUCCGUCCACCCCGAGACCCGCCAUUGGACAGCUCUGACAUUUGCUGUGUUGCAUGGACAUAUUCCUGUAGUUCAGCUAUUGCUGGAUGCUGGAGCAAAGGUAGAAGGUUCUUUAGAGCAUGGAGAGGAAAAUUACUCGGAAACUCCUUUGCAACUGGCAGCAGCUGCUGGAAAUUUUGAACUGGUGACUUUGCUGUUGGAGCGAGGGGCUGACCCGAUGAUAGGAACAAUGUACAGAAAUGGAAUUUCCAUGACUCCACAAGGUGACAUGAACUCUUUCAGUCAGGCUGCUGCACAUGGACACAGGAAUGUGUUUCGUAAGCUGCUUGCUCAGCCAGAGAAAGAGAAAAGUGAUAUUCUGUCCCUGGAGGAAAUACUGGCUGAGGGAACUGACUUGGCAGAUGCUGCACCAGCUCCUUUGUGCGCCAGCCGCAACAGCAAGGCCAAACUGAAAGCACUUAAAGAAGCCAUGUACCACAGCGCCGAGCAUGGAUAUGUGGAUGUCACUAUUGACAUAAGGAGCAUAGGAGUUCCAUGGACGCUACAUACAUGGUUGGAGUCGUUGCGAACUUCCUUUCAGCAGCACAGAAGGCCUCUCAUCCAAUGCUUGUUAAAGGAAUUUAAAUCCAUUCAGGAGGAAGAGUACACUGAGGAGCUCAUCACACAUGGGUUGCCUUUGAUGUUUGAGAUACUGAAAGCAAGUAAGAAUGAAGUGAUAAGCCAGCAACUGUCUGUCAUUUUCACUCAUUGCUAUGGACCGUAUCCUAUUCCAAAGCUUGUUGAAAUCAAACGAAAGCAGACCUCUCGUUUAGAUCCCCAUUUUCUUAACAAUAAAGAGAUGUCAGAUGUUACAUUUCUGGUGGAAGGAAGACCAUUUUAUGCACAUAGAGUGUUACUAUUUACUGCAUCCCCAAGGUUUAAAGCGCUGCUAUCUAGCAAACCCUCAGCUGAGAACACUUGUAUUGAGAUCAGCUAUGUGAAGUACCCCAUAUUUCAGCUGGUUAUGCAGUAUCUUUAUUAUGGCGGUGCAGAAUCACUCCUGAUUAAGAAUAAUGAAAUAAUGGAGCUUCUCUCUGCUGCUAAAUUUUUCCAGCUUGAAGCUUUGCAACGACACUGUGAGAUCAUCUGUGCAAAAAGUAUAAACACAGAAAAUUGUGUGGAUAUUUAUAAUCAUGCCAAGUUUCUCGGAGUCACAGAACUAUCCUCCUAUUGUGAAGGCUACUUUCUAAAAAAUAUGAUGGUCCUCAUUGAAAAUGAAGCUUUCAAACAGCUGUUGUAUGACAAGAAUGGAGACACGUCUGGUCAGAAUGUACUACAAGACUUACAGAGGACGUUGGCGACACGGAUUCAGUCAAUUCAUUUGUCGUCUUCAAAGGGCUCCGUUGUAUAAAGUUCAGGAAGGAGAUUGCGCUCAGAAAAGACACUGCGAGUUCAGGCUCCUGUUGCAGUUGCUUAAAUGAACAUACAAAAUUCUACUUCACAUUGGAAUAUAUAUAUAUUUUUUUUGUUGGCCAAAGGUGCUGCUUUUAGGCUGCAGCCUCACUUAGAUGAGGGAAUGCUGUACAUAUGGCUCCUACCCAUUUUUGAGAAACAAUGAUAUAGCAUUAUUCUGUGAAUUACUGUUAUGUUCGAUUCUGAAUGCAAAAGUGUGGUCUUGGAGCUAAUGCCAACAAAAAACCGGAACUCACCAAUGAACAGCAGAAGCCUCUGCCUGAACAAAGAUGCCAUGGACCACUUAAACUGACAAAUGGGUUAUUUAAGGUUAUUUUGCUCCACCAAGUUAUACAUUUAAGAACUGUACUGUACCUAUCCCAGAGUCCAUUCUAUUGUGCAUUUAAGAAACGUAAGAUUUGUUAGUUGCUGUUUCAUAAGGGUCAACUGUGUUAGAGAGUUGGUAAGACUGUUAAAAAUGAGGAAAUAUACUGGCAAAUUUUUAGGGGUGGGAACUUUUUAAAAUUGUUCAUAACAAAUGGGGUGGCCUUGUAGUUUAAAAUCUAUUUCUUAAGCUUAAAAAUUCAUUUUUGACAGAGUUGUGUUUGCGAAUCUAUGUAACAUGUUUUGUUUUUUAAAGGCACACUGUGUAAAUACUGUAUACAUAUGAGCAGGUUUUGCUUGUAUUCUUUCCUAAGGUGGUAUAAUCUUGCCUAAACGGUUAUGGUUACACCAAAGAGGUACAUUACCAAGACAAUAUCUAACACAGUAGUUGGGGAAUAAAAAUCUGCAUGCUAAUUGUGAUUUGGGUUAAAAACAAUAACAAACUCAACAUGCAUUUGCAUGGUAACUGUACCUGUGAAAUGUUAUGUUUGUGCUUUGUUUUGCCAAGACUGCUUGUCAAACUCCAUUUGUGAAAUUAGCACAUUUACUUUUCUUUCUUGGUGCAAAUGGUAGUGAGAUGAUUCCCACAGAGACUUGUUGGAAGAUGCUGAUUUCCGUUUGUUACAUGGAAGAGUUAAUAUCAGCCUUUAGUCUAGUAAAAUGUCAAUAUUUCGCUACUGGCCAGAGAUUGUGACUAAGUUAGACUUUUUUAAAUUGUUAUUAAAUAUGUACUAUAGAAUAAUUUCUUACUGUAUCCUCAGAAUGUAUAGGUUAUCUACAAUGGAGAUGUUCAAUGUCAGGGCUCAAUUUAUUUUGCAGCAUACUGUUAGCAAGAGAGAUCUGUUAAGUGCCACAAUUUUCCGGACAUCUUGUACUUGAUGAUACCUUUCAUGAAUCGGUUGAUUUAAAACAUAGGGAAGACCUCAGUAAAGAGUAGGAGAAAGGCGCUACCUUUUCAGUGGCAAAAUUACAUGUAUUUCUUUUCUAGCAUGCUUUUUGAAACUGUGCCCGGUUCACAGAUUUUUAGAAGCUUUAAUUUGACAGUGCAUGGUAACUUCUUGGUCUUUUGUUAGAGUAUUUAUGUCCAGUGCUAUUUCCUGUUUAUAGCUUUUGGAAUGCUCAGAAAACACAGUCUUUGCAUUAGUUAUCAACAUGAUAGGAAACUGUUUUAUUGUUCUGAUCUGUAAAUCCUCCCGUAUGCUUGAUCAUUUUAAAGCCUAUACAGUAUCUGCAACAAAUUACAAAAUUGUCUAAACUACCAUUAAUGUCUCAGAGACACAGCAUGUCAGCCUAACAAUGACUUAUCAGACUAUUUGUUUCUGCAUAUGAUAUGCCAUAUAAGAUGUUGUCUAGAACAUUUAGCUACUGGCGACUUACUUUUCUGUGAAUGUUGCAAUGCUAGAGAAGCAAGAACCUGAUAAAUGCAAUCGGAACUCUUGGGGGUGCUUAUAUUAUAGUUUGGUGUGCUUCCUCACUCAUUGAAACCCAUUUUUCCAUAUUGGUAACAAUCUGCAUAAUAAAAACAAAUCUCACCCAGCAGCUUAAUGUUAACUUCUCUAAAUAUAAAAUUAUAAUGCUCCAGAUUUUUAUCAAGUAGGCCAAAUUCUACCCUCAGGUACACACACAGCUCCCACUAAAGCCAUCAGGCAUUGCAGACAUGUAUCCACAAGCAGAAUUUUUCUCUGUGGGAAGUAAAAGCACAGGUAUAAAUUCAGCUAGGCAAUCUGGUGUCUUAACAGGAUGAUAACCACUGCUUAUGUAGCAAUGACUUCAGGGCAUACAUUAAUAGUGGUCCAGGGCAUUGGUAAUGGGAUAUAGAGCCCUAUAUCUCUGGGUUACUCAUUGAAUGUUGAUGUAGACUGAUGUCACCAGCACAGAAAUCCACCACAGUAGGUGUAACUUUCUUUGGCAGUGUCAGCAAAAAAAAUAAUCAAAGACUGGGUGGGGAAGGGAGAUUUCUCUCCUGUCUCACGCUGAGAACUGGCUCUCUAGGUUAGGACUGAGACGCAUAGGACGGGCUGUGGUAAGCAUGAAGUGUCACUGACGUUGUAGUAUUUGUUCUGCUGCUAAACAGAGGACUUCACUUGCUCUAUCUCUAGUACAUCUUUCAUGUAGGAAUUUGCCCCAUUAUCCUUAAUUGCCAGUUGGAUGCUGCCCUGUGCCCACGUGGUGGCUGGAUUUCAGUGAUGCUGUGGUCUCUAAAUCAUGAAGCACCUGAGAGUCUUCAGAAUGAACGGUGCUACAUAAAAGUAAAAUCAUUCAUCUUAUCAGAGAGCCCAAGCUAAGUAGGGUCAAGGCUGGCCAGACCUCCAAUAAAACAUAUGCUUCAGAAGGCAGUGUUGGUGGGUCAGAAGGUGGCUUUUCCCCUCUGAGUCCCUGGACCAAUGCCCUAGCCUGGUGUUUGGGAUCACUGUGCUAUGGGUGGUGACAUCUUUCAGAUGAGUCAUAAAGCUGAGGUCCUGACCCCUUGUGGUCAUUAAAGAACUGAUGGCACAUUACACAAGAGUAGGUUAGAGCUGUCAACCUCAGGGUCUUGGCCAAACUCCAAUUUAGUAUUUAUAUUGUGCCUACCAAAAUUCCUCUUGUGUAUUUCAAGUAGGUAUGUUAUUCACUUCCUGUCCUAAAUGUCUGUGUACCGUUGCAGUGUGCUGUUGUAAGCACCUGCCUUUCACCCUAGCAUUUGCUUGUAUGUUAGUGGUAGAUGAAGAAAUUUGUGUGUGAGAGAGAAUUAUGCAUAUAAUAAAUAAGUCAAACUCCCACCCUACCUUGCAUGGGUGCAACUACACAACGAAGUAUGAUACUUUUCUAGUGCUCUUUUCAGCACCAUGUGGAGGGCCUGGCUAAUGUGUCUCCUAGUACUUUACGGCCCCAAGGUGAUGUGGUCAGGACCCAGGCACCCCUCCAUACUGUGUCCUGCAUCACACAAUAGAGAGGGCUGGAUCCUGCUCAUUUUAGAGCAGCAUUAUGGUGUUCUGAAAAGAGUUCCCUCAGCCUCUUUGCACUAAUGAGAUGGCUACUGGACUAUCCUUCAGUCCAGCUCAUCUGCAAGUCUUCCCCUUGUAAUACCACCUGCACAGAAUGAGUCUACUCAGAGCAAGAUUUUGAAUCUGUAAAGCAUUUUAAGACCCUCUGGGACAAAAGAUGCUUUAUAAAAUCAGAUAUUCUGUAUCUGAACAGUUCAUGUUCUGCGUCUUCUGUUUUUUACAUGUGGAAUGUUUUUGGUUUUUUUAUUUGUGUGUGUGUGAGAGAGAGAGAGAUGGACAGUAAAUAAAUUUACUGUAUAUCUUAUGAGAUGUGAAAUCAUGUCUGUAAUGAUAUCUCUUGUUAAUGUCAGUCAACCUUCCCUGAAGCUAAGGGUUCAGCAAUAUGCAUUAGUGAACUGAAUAGCUAAACCUCCAGUGCCACUUGCCCCAAAGGGCUUACCUUUGCACAUAGGUUAGCAUUUUUUAAUGUUUGAUAUAAGAUCAUUGAAAGUAAUUUAGAUGAGGGGGAAAUGGGCAUUCUAGAAAAAAAAUCAAUUCAAAGUAUAGUGUGGGGCCAUUCAUUAAACAAACCAAAAGGCCUUGGUGCAACACCCGUUGAAGUCCAGUAGAUAGGGCCCCAUUUUUUAGCUCUUAUUCAGACGUUAAACAAUUUGCCAUGAAUCUGCUACAUGUGAAUCUGAAAUGUAGAUCAUGUUGAACUUAAGCAGAAAAGCAAAAUGCAUGUAUGUAAUGGGGUACCAGCGUCUAUGUGCUUAAGUAGGGAAAGAUACUUCUCCAUCUCUGAAGACCUGGCAUGUUCUUAUGUUUACUUCAGAAAAUAACAGAUGAAAGAAUCCCAACGCCAAUGCUUUGGUGACACAGAAGAGCUGACACUGUAAAUGAGACACGCUUGCUUGCUUCCUUCAUCUUUGUCCAAGUCUAUCAGUUACCUCUUUCAGAUUUCAGUAAAGGUUAUAUUUAUAAAGUUAUUAGGGAAAAAUGAAAACCAGAGAGAAAGCCAUGAUGGAAAAAAUUCUUUCCGAGAAUAAAACAGAACUGUAGCAUGAAGACUUCAGAUUACAAAAUCUGCAGCAAACCCUUCCUGCAGAAAAAGACAGUUUUUCGCUUUCAUCUUGUAAAACUAAUGAUGGUUUGAUUACUUGUUGGAGCUUUAUCAGUAUUAGUAUUAUUUCUGUAUCUAGCACAGGAAGCUCUCAGAUGCCAUCUCUCAAUGAGGUUUCUAUGGAAAAGGUUUCUUUAUUGGGAAACAAAAAUCACACAACCAGAUAAUACUAUCCAGAGCACAAGGAGGUGAUGUCCUACUUUAGGCAAUCAUCAUUUAAGAACUGGCUUUCGGGUUUAUAUAAGUGUUCUAGUUAUUUUAAAAUGAACAAUAUAUCUGGAACAUUUGUUUGCCCUUCUCAUUGUCCAUUUAAGCUUGUACAAACUGCACAAUAGUAAAAGCCACUGCACAGAAAAUUGGGGAAUUAUGGAUGAUUUAAAAGAUUAAGCAAUAGUUUAGCUCAAUGGGUACAAUUUUUGAAAGGGUGAUUUAGGAGCUGAAGGCCCUUUUUCAAAAGAGACUUAGGAGUCUACAUCUUAUUGAAAGUCAUUAGGACUUAAGCACUUUUGAAAAAUCUUCCCCAAUAUCAAAACUGUUCAGAUGUUAAUGUUAUGGAGCAAGCUGUCUACACUCAGGAAAUUAAAAGUUAAGGAGAAUAAUCUACUUUUAACUCAUGCUGUAUUUAAUAUGAGAUACCAGCCUUAAUUUUAAAUGUAGCAGCUUUUGUCUAACUGUCACAACCUAAAUUCUGCUUUAACACAUUUUUAUUUCAUUUCCUUGUUUUCUUUUUUUUUAAGUUUAAAAAGAAAGGUUUUCUUUCCGCCUAAUGUAUUCAGUCUGCUGGAUCUUUACAUGUUCAAUCAUAUAAUGAGAUCCUUAGCACAUUAUAAAUGCUAAAAUGUCUUAGGAAAAUUUCUGAAAACAUGUUCACUGAGUGCACCUUAGAAUAUUUUAACCCCCAAUCUCUGAUGUUAAGUCUUUUAAAAUCUCCAGUGAGAUUAGGAUUCAUGGCUUGCCAAAUAUCAUUUUGUAAAUCCAGUGUUAACAUUGUACAAAUACAAACCAGCAUUUGAAACCAGCAAGGAUUUUUUUUCUUUAAUCUGGUUAGCCAGAUCUUCUUUUCAAGUGUAAAAUAAUUUGCUUUUAGUUUGAGACUAUGUAUGCAAAGCUUCUGAGUGAAUUGGUAUAACCAAGUUAAGAAAUGGGGGAAACUGGGUUUAGAGAGAAAUUUAACUGCAGUAGUGCAAAAGGUACACUUACUUUAGGGCCUGAGCUCACUCGCACUCACAGCAAUGGGAAUCUUCCAUUGACUUCAGUGGGAGUUGGAUCAGGCCUAUAAUAUUUAAAAGUGUGCUAAAGCAGUGUGUCUUAGCCUUUUUGAUACCAAGGACCAGCUUGCUGCCUUCCUAAACUGUGUCAGGGAGAUCCCAGGGACUGGCACUGGCCCAUGGACUUGUCGUUGAGAAACACUGUACUAAAGGGUAUACUCUCCCCUCUCCCCAUAUGCAGAACUGUGGUUGGUAUCAAUGAGAGGCUCCCAUAAGAACUGAAGGGAGAAUAUGCCCUGAAGGCCCAAUCCUAUCGGCCUUGUGCAUAUUGGCCCUAAUUCAGCAAAGGCACUUAAUUACGCAUGUGCUUAAUGUGUGUGACUUUAAGCAUCCCUUUCCAGCAAAAUACUUAAGCAUGUGCUUAAGAUCUAUUGGUUUUAAUGGUACUUAAGCAUGUGUUUAAAAUUAAAGUUAAGCACAUACUUCAGCAACAUUUUUAACAGAGAUGGGAUUACUCAUGUACUUAAGUGUUCUGGUGAUUCAGGCCCUUCAAACUUCCAGUGAUUUUGCUGGAAGCAUCACACAUUUACAGGCUGCAGAAUCAGGCUCAAGUGUGAGUGUGAAGCAUUUUUAUGAAUUGGACCUGCCUGAGAAAACAACGGCAAUUUUAAUUUCAGGAGAGUGACAUUCCAUGAACAUCCGUUUAGCUGGUAGGGUUAAUAUGUAAUAUUUACUAUAAUUACAUUUCACCUUUUUUUAAAACUCUCUUUGAGGUAGCACCUGAGUCCAGCAAGUAUGAAAUAAUGCCAAAGGACUUCAAAUACUUGCCCAUAUCACCAAACCUUGCUAACUUGCCCAAACAGAAGUAGUCCCAUCAAAAUUAUGGAGAGCAAGAUUUAGCCCGUGGACUGUACAAAUUUACUGAUGUGUGAACACAAGUCCCAAUUCAGUUCAGUAAGACUGAUGACUUCCUGGGAAAAAAAACAUCCUGCCAGUUCACCCUGGUUGUAAAUGAACUGAAGUCAAAGGAGUUAUAGCAGAAAUGAAUUUAGCUCGCUGGGUGCAGUCCAGUAUGUAAGCAAAACUCCCAGUGAAGUCAAUAGGUUUUUUCGUUUGAAGGGACUGCAUAAUUGGGGCCACAUAAUGAACUAUAUUUAUCAGCCAGGCAGACCAUUCUUGUGUAAAUGCUGUUGGUAACUUUGUGUGAAGGCCAAACAAAGCAAAACAAAAUCAAACUUCAUGGGAACACACCAGAGAAUAAUAAACUUGCACCUUGAUAGGAUAGUUUUAUUAGUGUAUAUUAUAUGUAAAUGUCAAACCACAGAAUACAUGUCGUUCACUGUACGUAUCUGGCAGGGCCGCCCAGAGGA